UUAAAAUGGCUGCGAUCAUCAAAAAAGCAUGGGAAGGAUACCAGAUUUUAUUUGACGAUUUUGCAGACCCACGAACAAAGCAUCUUCCAUUGAUAGCGAAGCCGUUCCAAGGCAUCUUACUGCUCGGACUAUAUCUUAUGUUUGUAUUAAAAUGGGGCCCAAAUUUCAUGAAGAACAGACCGGCAUACAAUCUGGAUAAGAUCAUCAUAGUCUACAACGCUUUCCAAGUCAUAGCAUGCGCUUAUCUCUUUGUCAAUGCAUUGUUUUUGGCCUGGCUGUGGGAUUAUAAAUGGAUUUGCGAGCCAGUGGAUUUUACUUUCAAUGAGAAAGCUAUCAAGAUAACCAGAUUUGUGUAUUUUUAUUUUUUGCUUAAAGUCAUCGAUCUUUUAGAUACGGUAUUUUUCGUUCUUCGUAAGAAAAUAAACCAAGUGUCCUUCUUGCAUGUUUACCAUCACACGGGCAUGGUCGUACUUAUAUGGGGAGCAGUCACAUAUUUUCCAGGUGGCCAUGGAACCUUGGUGGGCGUGAUCAACACGUUUGUACAUGUCGUGAUGUACUCCUACUACCUCAUCACCGUCUGGGAUCCAAGUCUGAAGGGUAACUUGUGGUGGAAGAAGUACAUUACUCAACUACAAAUUCUUCAAUUCCUUUGGCUGGUCGUGCAUAUGGGUGUAAUAGUGUUCAAGACUGACUGCGAGUACCCUCGGUGGACUGCCGCCAUUUUCUUGCCACAAAACCUCUUCAUGUUGAUCCUCUUCAUAGACUUCUACAUCAAAACGUACAUCAGAAAACCGAAGGAGAAGAAGAAAUUAGAAAAUGAUAUGGCGCGUGUUGAAACUGUAGACCUACCUAAUGGAAAACCCCAUCAAAAUUAA